UCCGGAGGGCUUUCUGUUUUGGUCGCCUGCCAGCAGCCGUCUGGAAGGGGAGGGGAGCCGUCUGCCUUCCGCUUCUGGGGCUGGAUUGACACACAAUGAGGAGCAGAGAGGCCGGGGAGACGCUCCACAAACGCCGCUGUAAAUAAUUAUAACAAUCACAGAGGCCGGAGAAACAUGGAGAACCAGUGCACGGUGCAGGUGAAGCUGGAGUUGGGCCACAGAGCUCAGCUGAAGAAGAAAGUGACCUCUGAAGGCUUCACCCACGACUGGAUGGUUUUUGUCAGAGGCCCAGAGACCGGCGACAUCCAGCACUUUGUAGAGAGGGUCGUCUUCCGCCUGCAUGACAGCUUCCCCAAACCCAAGAGAGUAUGUAAGGAGCCGCCAUACAAAGUGGAGGAAUCGGGCUACGCAGGCUUCAUCAUGCCUAUUGAGGUUUACUUCAAGAACAAGGAGGAGCCAAAAAAAGUCAUCUUCAACUAUGACCUGUUCCUUAACCUGGAGGGAAACCCUCCCGUUAACCACCUGCGCUGUGAGAAACUCACCUUCAACAACCCCACCAAAGAAUUCAGGAAAAAGCUCAUCAAGGCAGGAGGGAUACUGGUGGUCCCUGAGGGGGCUGAAGCUAUGUCGAGGCCCAGUCCGGACUACCCAAUGCUUCCCACCAUCCCCCUCUCAGCCUUCUCAGACCCCAAAAAGACAAAGACCUCUCAUGUAUCAAAGGAACCAAGCAAAGAAGGAAGUGGUGGCAGCAGCAAAGGACCCAAACCACACAAACUGACCAAGGAGCACCGUGAACGAUCGCGGAAAGACUCUGAGAGCAAAGGGUCGUCCAAAGGCGACGACCGAGAUGGGAGCAGCAAAAGCGGUCGUGACCCUUCCUCGUCCUCCUCUUCGAAAAAGCCGUCAGAGAUCAAAGUGAAGGACGAAGUGAAAGUUCAGCCGAAGGCGGCCUUCAAGGAGCCCAAGCUCACCCUGAAGGAGUCGAAGAUGGACGGCAUGUCCCCUAAAGGAGGGGGGGCAGGAAGCGGCGGGGGAGGCGGAGGAGGAGCGGUGGAGGCCAAAGCUCCGGGGAAACGCCCCUCCACCGUGGAGUCCCCCAAACCCAGCGCCAAGAAGCAGAAGAAGGGCAGCUCUGAUGGGCUGAAGGGGCCGACCGGCGGUGCGUUCACCGGGACGUCGCCGCGCGUCUCCUCGUCCACGGCCGUCAGCCAGUCCUACGGCGAGAAGAAGCCUUCCAAGGAGAAAGGCCGCUGGCCGCCCAAAAACAAAAAUGAUGCCCAGGAGUUGAAGGAGCUCAAGAAACUUCCAGAGUCGGAGGAGUCCAAUUCAGAGGACGAAGCGUCGUCAAAGUCAGAGCAAUCAGCUGCUUCGAGUCCUUCCAACUCUACUUCCAGUUCUGACUCCAGUUCAGAUUCAGACUUUGAGCCUGGACAAAAACCAGGGCAAGGCCCGCUCAGAUCCAUGGUGGAAGAAAUCCAGUCAGAAGAGUCGGACGAUGACGACAGCAGCUCAGAAGAAGAGACGCCCAUCAAAACCAAUCCCCCCAACCGCGACUCUCGACUCAGCCUGGACAGCGAGAGUGACAGCAGCGAUGAAUCGCACCGCCCCAGUCGAGACCCCGCCCCACCCCCACAGAAACACGGCUCGUCCAACAACAAAGUUGUUCGAAAAAGUCCAGAUUCCUCUUUUCGCUCGGAGAAGGUGAUGAAGAAGGGAUACGACAAGGUAGGAAGGGCCUACACAGAGGAGCUGGUGGACCUCCACCGCAGACUGAUGGCAUUAAGGGAGCGAAACGUCCUGCAGCAGAUUGUCAACCUGAUCGAGGAGACUGGCCACUUUAACGUGACAAACACCACCUUUGACUUUGACCUCUUUUCAUUGGACGAGUCCACCGUCCGCAAACUACAGAGCUACCUGGAGGCGACGGCCACGUGACAGGAAGCGGCGGGGGCCGGCGUGUGGAUGUCAGCGGCAGAGGUAGCCUCGCCAUCAUGCCUGCUCUUUGCGGAAGAGACGAGCAGAAUCGUCUGUCGCGGCCUUUUCACGAGCCUGACUGAAGCAUCGAACAACCACACCACGAAACAGAAACACACGAACAGUCGCAAGCACACAACACCACCUUCACGUGACGCUGGGGAGGAAACAGGAGGAGGAGGAGGUGGUGUGUGAGGAAACGCCGGAGCAUCUAACCUCCGUCUGGUCAGGGUUUUCACUACACACACUUCGAAUCUGUGCCGAGCUGAGGAAUUCGCCCAACAAACCCCCACCCCGUUCCUCCCUCCUGCACUUAAACCGCUCCCGCCUUUGCAAACCUAAUACUUCCCCUCCUCCUCUUCUUCUCCUCCUCCACAUGCACACUCCUGUCUGAGCAGAACACUCCGGCCCCUGCGUUGUCAGCUGGAGCUCAUUUUUCUUCCAACACACUCCCGAGUUGCGUGUGAACGCCGUCCGUGAGUCUGCGCGCGACUCGUUCUGCUGAGGUUUAAGAGGACAUGCUGUCUUUGUGGUCACCGACUUCUUUGUUUAUGAAACUUGAGCACAAACAGCCGGUUGCAUUUCUACCGCCAGUCACUCGCCGACAAGCACACUUUGCCCUGCUAUCCUCCCCUCCUCCCCUUUGGCAUUAUUAGUUUAUAAGCACUGAAAAUGCUUUUUACACACUUUAGUUUUCUUGUAAAUGACAGAAAAAGAUUUUCGACAUUUUUUUAUUUUGAGUUUUAAAAAGUAAAAACAUUGAUUUUCUGUUGUUUUCUUUUCUAUGUAAAGUUUUUGUUGCAGAGCUUAUUGAUGGUUGUCUUCCAGAACUGCUAGUUUUUUAAUCACUACAGAAAAGAUUAAUUGUUGCCUCAGUGUUGCUUCAUUAUCAUUAGAUACAAAUUACCCUGAAAGUAGCAAUCUUUUGUUUUUAAUUUAAAAAAUGUUAACCUUUAAAAUGUAAAAUUAAGGUUACUUCACCUAAGAUUAAGAAAAGAGGCUGUCCAGUUGGAACACAUUUAGUUUGGGUUUAAUCAGAUAAUAAAUGACUAAGCAACAAUGAAUAAUGAUAUAUUUUGAGUUUAUAUUGAAUUACUUUGCAUUUUAGCUACUAUCAGAAUUUUAUUCAAGCUUUCAAGCGCUCUAUCCUUUCUUUGGAUAGCCUGAAAAGUUUUCCACCGAACACUGAAACAUUUCUUCAAGAAAAAUGUUGUUAAAAGCUUAAAUUACAUAUUUAUGAUUCAUGUAAAAAAGGCACCUGAACUGAAGGGGUGAACACGUUUAAAAUCGGCAAAUUUUUCUCUGAUUGGCAGCUCAAGCCAUGAAAAAUCUGAAUUUAUUUACUUUUUUAAUUAAAUUACAUCGCAGUUUACAAUAGACACUUUUCUUGAAUUGCAUAAAAAUCAGGGAAAAUGCUUUGAUGCCUAAAUGUUAAUAUUUUUUAGUCCCUUUUUUCUGUUGAAUUAAAACAGAAACAUCUUUGUUCAUCUCUCUCUGUUGAAAUCCGUAGAAACUGUAAUCAUCCUCUCAGAAAAUUAGAGUCAACCAGCAAAAUUCUGGCAUUUUUACCAACGAACAACUAGAAAAGAUUAAUUCUUAUGGUCCGAAAUAGAUCGGAAUAGGAUGAUUUUUUUUCUGUGAUCAAAAACUAAAACGUUUUGCCUUUAAAACUAAGGAAAAAAUAAAACAAUGAUGGUUCAGGUUUUGGAGAAAACUUGCUAAAAACCAAUUUCAGAGUAAAGGUUUUGCACAGUGCUCUGUGUCAUCAUUGGCUGUUUUUGUUUUCAGUGCUUGUAAACACAGUAAGGAGGGGUUGUGGUGAAGUGAUGCAUAUUUUCUCCUGUGUGUCCCGCUCCGGUUUUUAGCUGUCUGUACAUUGGAAAACACGUGUUCUGUUGCGUUCCUGUGCUUUCCCACUGAAAGCUGAGCCUUGACCUCCAGCAGACCCCUGGACCCCCCCUGAACGUCCCCUCUGCUCUGCGUGAAUGAAAGGGCUCCGAAGCUCCUGGCCACAGCAGUGGAGGAUCGCUCCUGAAUUUGCCUUCUGGGUGGGGUGGAAAAACAAACAAAUAAAAACAAAAAAAAAAACACAACACAGUAGCCAUACUUCCCAAAAAAUAAAGAGGAGAAAAAAUGGGGGUGGGGGGGGGCACGCUUUUUUACAUUUUAUUUUUCUACAAGUGCAUUUUGUGUAUUUAUUCCCAAGACAACCUGUGAGCUCUGAAUGUAUAUUGCUUUUACUUUUUUACGGCUUGCAACAGCCCCACUCCAGUGCCUUUUCCUGCAGCGCGCAGCACUAAGCGGGGAGUGUGCGCUCUGCUAGCGACGCUCACACAGAUUGAAGACCCCACCCUCCCCCUCCUACUAUAAGCCCCUCCUGGGGGGAACAAGUGUUAAUUGGGAUGCCUGAACAUCCAGUAUUGUCUUAAUGGUUCCCAUCCCUGCUGUGGUCCUUCUUUUUUUUUUUUUUUUUUUUUGUUAAAUCAAGAAUAUCUCCGUUAGUCCAACAUAAUUGAUAGUUUUCGUGGAUGGUGGUCAUCUUUUUUUCUGUUCUAAGGUUAGGGUUUGUUAAAAAAAAAAAAAAAAGGAUAAAAACAUCAAAAUACUGUGGUAGUUUUUCACUUUAAUUAGCUCGAGCUUUCUUUGUUCUGCGUUGUGUUUUUGUGUUUGUCGUCGUCGUCGAUGAGAAGGGUCUGGCCCUCUCCGGCCGUUUGAUCGUCGUACGGCGUAGCGCUCGAUCGCAGGACGCCAGGCACUUAAACGGCUACAAUAACGAGCGCGAAGGCAGAUGGAAAAGAAACGCUACUCUUCCCCCCGUGGCGUCCAUUAAUGGCGGAAACGUCUCACUGAGACCUGAGUCGAGACGGCAGCUCGAUUGAUCGGAUGGUCUAGAAAAACUGGCUCACUGAUUACAUCAGUUAGACCUUCACUGUGCUAAUUUGCAAAAGUUUACACACUCCUGAAAGAUUUUCUCAUGUGAAGUCUAGCAAAUUUACCUAAUUUUGUUUGGAUUUCAUACGAUCACAUAACAUAACGAGGAAAAUAUCUGCACCCGUUCUUCAGAAUCGGCACAAGGCUUAAAAAUGAUUUUAUUUGUAUCAGAUUUGAGUUUAAUCAGUUUUUCUUCUUUUCUAAAAAUUAAAUUUGAGGGAAAAUAUUUUCAAAAAUUAUUUUAUUUCAGUCAUUCUGUGAUUUCUACAGGGCCAAAGCUGCUAUAAAUUUAGCAAAAUUCAUAAUAUGAACAGAAUAAAAAAGCAGUUUUACCAAUUUUAAAGAGAAAAAAGCUGAUGUGAUAUAAACAGCUCAGUCAAAGUUUUUUUUUUUUUUUUACGUUUGGUCGCUUCGAAGCAUAUUUUGAUGCUGAUGUGUUAAAAGACAAACUAUUUUUAAACAAACACCAAAGCAGAACUUCAACAUUCUUCAUUUGAAUUGUUUUUAAUGUUAGAGUUCUCAUGAAAUUACUACUUCAUUCUCCAAAUGUUGGCUGUAUUUUUGUAAUAUGACUUUAUUCUUGUAACUUAUAUUUAUUCAGGACUCGCUGAUGCGGACAAUUUGGGCCAGUCCCAAUAUCUGAUCUUGUUAACCCCUUGCUGAAACGCAAACAAUGAUCAGUUGGAAAUUAAUGCAUUACUAAUAUUGGACCGAUACCGGCAUUGAUACCGAUUUAUCUUCCAUCUAUAUUUAAGUAGAAAACUCUUAACUUUUGUCGCAGCUGCAUAUCUAACUAUUAAUUUUUGCCCAGAUAAAACUUAAUGCAAGUCACUUUUGGUUAAUAUAUGCUUGUAAUUCAGCGUAGAAAUGUUUUUCUUUUUUUUCUCUUGGGAGGAUAGAAGUAUUUAAAAGCCUGAGAGCUUAUUUAAUACUAACAUAUAACCUGAAUUCAAGAGAAGUUUGGGAAUUUAAAAUGGAGAUUUAUGUUUUGAACCCCGUCAUUUUUACUUUUAUGUGAAAUUAGUAAAACCUGGUUCCUGGAAAUCAAACGUUCUGGUUUAUGAGGUUUAGCUGCUGUUGUCUGUUAACUCAAAUUAAAUCACAUCUGUAAUGUUUUACUGAAUCAAACUAAACAUAAGGAUGUAGUUAAACCAGCUGAUGAUAAAUGUAGAAGUAAUGAGCAAUAAGUUCCUUUUUUUCAUCAGGCACUACUGUAAACAGCUAUAAAAACAAACUUUAGAGGCUUUUCUUCUCUUUGAAUCUGUACGUUGUUUUUUUUUUUUAUUUAACCUGUUUGUUUAGCGGAUUAUUUUCCCUCAGUUUAGUCGUUUGUUACAGUUUCUCCUCCAUCAGUUUCAGUGAGACCAGAGAUCAUCGUCUUGAAUCAGGCCCUCAGUGUGUUUGUAACACACACACACACACACACACUGGCCCACUGUGGGACAGUAGAUGAGUGGGAGGUCGUCUCCCUCGUCUGCCCACUGUGUUUUUAUUCUAUAGCUUUAAUUCUUCCUCUCUCUUCGUUUCUCUUCCCUGCCUGGCUCCAUUUUUAAAAUCAGAAUCAAAACAAACGGAUCCGCGCGGCCUUACUCACCCUGCCGGUUGCCUCCUGCCUGUCUCUCUCUUUCUCUCUUCCUCUUCCUCUCUCCCCCGCUCGCUCGCCCGCCCCUCCCUCUCUCACCUGCUGCACCUCCAUUUCCUCGAGGUGCUCCUUCCUCCGUCAACUGAACUCCCGGCCGUGAUUGCUGAGAACGAACUCUGAAGCUGACAUAGGAAAGAAUCGAUGAAGAACAACUUUCCUCUUUUUCUGUGCACCAACUUGAGAACUUCUAGGUCCUAGUUCAUGAACUCUGACCCCUGACCAGGCACUCAUUCAGGGGGGAGUCACGAUGGGAAACUCUCCUUCCCCCCAGUUUUAUUUAUGGACCUCUGCACUUUUGGCUGUGAUGACUUCAGUACUUAAGUAGUUACCGAAACUGUAUUUUUAAGGAUUUUAUACAAUAUUUACAUGCAAUACAAUAUAAAUUGAUUCGUUUUCCUUUGCCAAUCUUGUUUUUAUUUAAUUUAGUUUAUUUUGGCAUAUGAUGUCAUUAUUUACAAACAGACAUGGCCGUCGAGUCUAUUUUAGGCAGGUUGUAAUCCCGAUGUGACUUUUGUGUUUUAAUGAAUCUGAACACCAAGAAGCAGGAAGAAAAAUAGGCUUGCCUGUUUUUGUUUUUUUUUUAUUUCUAAUAUUGCCAUCUGGGCCUGGAUGAGAUUCUUGUAUUAUGAAAACACACUGGUUUUACGGUAUAAAAGCAGAAAUCUGAACAGAUGUUCAAAUUGCUUUCAUUUAAAACAAGAAAAGCAAAAAUAAUUGCAGCUGCUACUAAAAUAUUUUCUAAUAUUUUGAGCGAUGCACCGAUAUCGGAAUCAGAUAAUUUUCUGUUGAUCGGUUUUGAUCAGUGAGUCAAAUAUUUUUUUUAAAUCAUUCUUUAGUUUCCUUUUAUCUGUAAAACUAAGAGCUGCCAUUAUUUUUGUAUAGUUUCACCAACAAACCGCUUUCAUUUUAGUGCAAGUUAAUCCGAUAACUUAGGGACUUGUGCUUUCAUUUAGAAAUGGGGACAAUAUCAAAAAUUUUUCUGUUGGAUUUAGCACUAUUACCUCAGUCAAUAAACCUUUACUUUUAUUUACUUUUGGGUCAAAAUUUCCCUUGGCGAAUCAGAAUUGGAGAAAUCAGAAAAUCUCUGGUGAAAGCCUGAUCAGUGCAUCGGAUUGUAACAUAUAAAUUUAGUAGUAGUUGUGAUGUUUGGGCAGAAUAUCCAAACUUUUUGACAUUAUUUACCUUUUAGAUAAACGGUUAGAAUAAAGUCGUGGUGGUUGUGUAUUUAGGUUGACUAGCUGUAAAUUAAAACACAGUAUUGAUGCAUCAAUCAGGAUUUACCAAUCCCUGCAUUUGUUUCUGGUUAAAUCCCGCUGAGUCAGACUUUCAAUGAUUUCAUAUUCCUACAAAACUAUAAAAAGGAAAAAGAACAAAUAUGAAAGUAAACAUGUCCUAAUUUAAAGUAGGGCUGGGCGAUACGACUUAAAAACAUCAGUUUCUCUUUUUUUAGUCAAUUCCAUUUCUGAUUUUAAUCUCUUUUUUUUUUUUCGUCUUGUUAAAAAAAUAUACAAAUGACAGAAAAUGAAGCUUGUAUUUUAAUUAUUGAUUCUGUGAAUUGACCUCAAUUUAAAGUCAAAAUAAAUGGAUGUGAGAUGUUCUGAACUAAUGCAAACCCCACAAAAAUCUAAAUUUUUCAAAAGUUAAAUAUUCAGCAACAGAAAAUUUGAUUAAUCUGCAAAAUGAAUUUAUCAAAGCAGCAAAAGUAAAAUUACAUGCAUUUUAAAAGCUCUAGAAAUCGGUUAAAAUCCUUAUUGGCAGUUCAAAGCUUUGCUUAAAAAAAAAAAAUUAAGAUUGGGAAACUUUGAAUCCAAUGGAAAACAGAGCUAUAGAUGACGAUCUCUUAAUUUAAAAUUAUUUAAAAGGGAAUAAAAGCUUAAAUAUUACAUUUUCCAAGUUUGACCCACUGAUUGGAGCCGAUCAAUCUGCUGCCUUACUGUUUGGAAAGUUUCCACAUCAUGAACAUCUGGAAGCUGGAAAACAUUUCAAGAAAGCUAAAUUAGUUUUCAACAUACAGAAGGGUAGGAGUUUCAGCCAGCUUCCCAGCAGUCUGCAGCAAUAUGUAGUUGGACAGGGAACACUAGGGUGGAGUGGUAUGGCUUCAGAUUUCAGAUAAAUCCCAGAUUGGAAAAAUUAUUUGUUCUCUGAAAAACAAACAAAAUAGAAUGACUGGGAGUAUUUUCAAAAAAGUUUUUAAUUUUGCUAAAUUAUGAGAAUAAAGUCAUAAGAAUAACAGAAUAAAGAGGCAAUUUUAACAGAACGUCCUAUAAUUGAUAGAAAAAACGUAAUUUUAAUGAGAAAAAUGUUUUAGAUUAACAUGACCAAUUCAGUCCGAUCCUUUAAUUUUCUUCUAAAUUGACUCCUGUUAUUGAUGAUGAUUUGAUGCUGAUGUGUUGAAAUAUGAAAUUUUUGGUGUAGAUUAAUUACUUGUUCUUUCUCCUAAUGACUUUAUUCUCAUAACAAAGGACAAAAGUAGCCUGUCCCUAAAAUUCAAAGUCCAAUUAAGUAGAAGCUGUAAAACAUGAAGGAUUUUGAACUAUGGAAACACAAGAGGAAAAAAAGCAGAUAUUCUAAAAGUUAAAUCUUUAAAAUCCAAAAACUGGUUUAUUUCCCAGGCUAUGACAGCUAAAAUAUAAUCUGUGCUUUUUGCUGCUGGAAAUGUAGCAUCCAAACAGAAAAAUCUGCCUUUGUAGGCCUGGAAAAAGGACUAUUUUAUCCGUUUUAAAGCUUUAAGUUUUUAAAAUCUUGAUCCCAGUAAGCGACACAUUCCCAGUACAAAUAACUGGACAAGAGGAGGAGGAAACCUGAAGUUCACGCUUUCAUUCCUGGACUAGAGUCAGAAAAACUGACUUCCUGCAUCAUAUCUAGUUUUUAGAUUCAAACAUGGACGUCCAUUAUUUAUUUUAAAUUUUUUUAUGGAACAAAAACAUCCCAGAUGAGUUGCAAAGUGAAGGCCGCUGCCACCGCCGCCUCUGCUCAGAUUCAGUGCAUUUUGUGCCUUGAUAACUUUUAAAACAACCAGAAAAUUUUACAAUUCCGCUCCUCCUCCAGUGAGCUGAGGAUGCUGGGUAAUGUAGUGAAGUGGGACUGAUGACAGAAAGCAGCAGAAAAGCCUUUGCUCUGUAACUCUGAGGCAGCUCGGACUAUAUUAUUUGUAAGUGUUGUGGCGCUGCAGCGGAGGGUUAUCUACUGUGCGGCUCUUUGCAGAUGGAGGGGAGAUGCGGCGCGGGGCGGGAGGGCGCCAUGUGCGGACCGGCUGUUUCCUGUGUCGUUUGUGUCAUAAUGUGUCUGUGACUGAGGGGACAGGGUUCCUUGUAUUUAUAAAGGUUUGAUUUGUUUUCUACCUGGGGGUAAAACGAACGUUCCGCGUUUUGUGUUCAAAGCGACGACUAGAAGAACAAAUGACGAACUGGACGGCAAAAAAAAACACACCACCACAUUUUGGUAUUUUUGAAACGAAACAAAACUUGGCAUUGCGAUGCCACCAUGUGGCCAUAUGAUGCAAGUUCAUGACGACGAUGAAACUUUUAUUUUAAUGUAAUGUUUUUAUUAUUAUUAUUAUUUUGAAAUCAUAUUAUUAAUAAAGUCAUUAAGAACUGAA